GCCGAAGAUCAUUCCCUAGAAUCCUUAACAAGAGGGUUCUUUCAGUGGUAUCAGAGGCCGGUUACAGGCACUCGUACCGGAACCAUGUUGAGAUUCGAAGAGCUUCACAAAGAUGUUGAAGUCGAAGCUGGAAGAGAUGUGGAAGAACGAGGUUACCUCGUCCUUGCCGCUGUCCGCGAACAUCGCGCGGCCUUUUCCACCCAAGACCGCAACUGCAGAAAUAGAUUUCGAAGAUUGGUUGGAGCUCCCAGUCCAACCGAUGUUAACGCCAAUCUCGGGAGCAAGCCACGAGCCGCAGACCACAAAAGAGACGCCGAGUAGCGCCGAACCGAAGAAGAAGGGGGUGCUCGCUACUACUAAUCAUGUCGGUGCUUUAAUCCAAGAAAAGGAAUAUCCGAGCGCCACUAACGAGCAGCAGCAGCUUCCGCCGACCACCACAGUUGCAGCUCUGAAGAUCCCACUUGGGGCAGAGGAUAUCGAGGAAGGAUCCCCGAGAAAGCUGUCGUUCGUCGUCGAGAACUCAACUCCCGCAUACCAGAGAUCGCAAUUGAGGAGAUGUCGGAUUAAGGAAUCAAGAAAGCUGGGUCAUGUGGAAAACAAGCAAGAAACAAUGGCGGGCCGCGUGGUGAAUUGGCGAUUUAGAAAGAAGCAAAGAACUGACGAAGCGGAGGUGGUGGAUGUUGUGUCGAGCGUCUCCAUAGCCUCACCCACGACUUCGUCGAGAAAUUUGCCAGCUGCUGACCUGGAGAUGGCGACCGCGAACCAUGGCAGGCGACGCGGAGCAGAGGAGUCGACGUUCCGCGGGAUGCCGAACGAACCGGAGCUGACGGACGAGAUGCGCGGCGGCGGGAUCCCUUGUUCGCCACCGAAGAAGACAUCGCCGGAGAACGAGGAGAAGAAGACGGAGCCGGUAGAGAGUGAAGAGAGGGAGCAGAAGACGGCGGCGGCUUCGGGCUGUCCGCCGUGCAAUUGGCCGGGUUGGUUGCUGCCGGGAAAGGAAGUUGCGAAGAAGAUAAAGAAGGUGACGUCGAAGAGGGCGCCAGAACUCUAGCCGCCGUCGGAGUACGUGGCGGAGUUGAAGUCGACGGCGAGGUCGAGAGGACCGCCGUGCCGUCGGUGGGAUGAUGCACCGCUGGAGAAUGAAGCGAAGAAGAAGGAAGGCGGCAGGUAUUCUUCUGCAACCCUAGGCCGCCAAGGACUGGAGUGGGUUGGGCUAUCAUCGGGCCAAAGUGAUGGAUUGGUUGGGCCGAGAAUAAGAGAAAAGCCCAUCG